UCGCUGACUUUAGUGAUUGACCUGAAAAAACAAAGAGCAUCCACCGAUUAUCGAUCCCCCAAUUCCUGGCAGCUGUGUUCUUUCUUCACUCCUUCAUUGACUUGCCAAAGAAGAAGAGCGGAACGAGUUUCCCCCACAUGACCUGAAAAAGGGGUUCUUCAAUUCUUGAUCCGAUCAUGCAUGCGGAGCGAGAGAUCGAAGAGAAGCUCUCGGGAGCAGCCAUCAAUGGCAGCGUGACGACCCUCUUGGGUUUGCUGGAUCAAGACCCGCUCAUCCUGGACAAGAUCAUCGUCUCAUGCACGUCCCAGAACCCACUCCAUAUCUCGUCCAUGCUCGGCCACUCCGAGUUCGUCGGGGCGCUCCUGGCCCAGACCCCGCAGCUCGCCUCGGAGACGGACCCGGACGGCAACUCGGCCCUCCACCUCGCGGCCGCCCGGGGGCACGUGGAGGUCGUCGGGAUGCUGCUGUCGGCCGAUCCGGAGGUGGGGACGCGGAGGAACGGGGACGGGAGGACGCCGCUGCACCUGGCGGCGAGCAAGGGCCGGGCCGAGGCGGCGCGGCGGAUCGUACGGGCCGCGCCCGAGUCGGCGCGGGCGGCGACGGACCAGGGGGAGACGGUGCUGCACGUGUGCGCGGGGAGGAACCGGUUGGAGGCGCUGCGUGCGGUGGUGGAGGAGGCCGGGAGGGAGGUCGUGGAGGAGUUGGUGAACAGGAGGGAUGGCGAUGGGAACACAGUUCUGCACAUUGCCGUGGCCAAGAAGCAAGUUGAGAUGAUACAGUUCUUGCUUACAAUCCCAGGACUUGAAGUGAACACACCAAACUCAAGUGGCCUCACAGCACUGGACAUUCUUGAACAGAGUCCCCGAGGCUUGAGAGACCUUGAAAUUGAGACAGCCCUGCAAAACUCAGGUGCUUCACUCUCCAAAGACAUCCAAUCGAUCCCGUAUCACUAUGAUCCAAUUCUUGACACAGCAAGAAAAACCUCCCACACCACCACGACCUCAAGAUCACCUAAAAAAUCGCCGUCACUCUCCACCAAGAGAGCCCCAUCAAAGAAACUGAGUACUCGAAGGAAAUCCCCGCCGGAACCCGAGUGGCUGAGCCAAAAGAGAAGUUCGCUCAUGGUGGUGGCGUCGCUGCUAGCAACGGUGGCAUUCCAAGCUGCAAUCACGCCGCCGGGAGGCGUCUGGCAGGACGACUACAAGGUCGAUGCCGACGGCAACCCGGUCAAGGAGCCGCACUUGGCGGGCACCUCCAUCAUGGCCCACGUCCAGCGGAUCGCCUAUGGCCAGUUCAUGAUAUUCAACACACUGGCCUUCCUGUCCUCCCUCAGCAUCAUCCUGCUCCUCUUGAGCGGGCUUCCGAUAAGGCGGCGACGCUGGAUGUGGAUCCAGAUGGUGAUAAUGUGGUUGGCGAUCACGGGGCAGGCUAUCACCUACUUCAUAGCGCUGCGCAACAUGUCACCGGCCGACACGCGGGGGAUGCUGAAGGAUGUGACGGAUGUGUCGGUGGUGUGCUGGAUGUGCCUGAUGGUGAUGGUGUUCAUGGGGAAUGUGGUGAGGCUAAAUGUGUGGGUGCUGAGGAAGUGGGGUUACUUGAAGAAGAAAGAGAAGGAUUCAGCUGAAGAUGACGAAGACAAGUAUGAGGAAGUGUGAGAGUCUGUGUGAUGAUUGAGUAAACCGUGUGGUCUUUGGUCUACGAUGGCAGUGGCCUGUUCAAUAUAUGUGAUUUUGUGAUUUUGAUGAGUGGGUUGAUGAUGGUUUUAGAGGUGCUCUGUGUUCUUGUAGUUCUGUUAGAGAACAGAGUAUUGGUCCUAGAGAGAGGGUAAGAUGGAUUCUGCUAGAGAAAUCUGUGGAUGGUAAAGGAUUGAAGAGACUAAUAUGGUGCUUGGAGCAAAAGGGCUUGAUUUCCCCCGGUAAAUUGUACAAAAUCAAGAUAACACACGGUUAUAUUUGCUGCAAUUUCUUCUCAAUACAAUGAUGGCCAUGGCUAUUGGACGACAAGGGCUUCAGCCAGCUUGGUUAGGUCUGCUCAGGAACGGCUCUGUCCUCAGCUCGGCCAUCUUCACUCGGCAUGGUAGUAUUCUUGACUUCAGCCCUCAAUGGAGAUUUAGGGUGGUCAGAAAUGAAUUGGUAAUGCAGGAUGGAAUUUCCUGCUAUUGUUAUCUGAUUGUGACCUUAGUUUAAACAUUAUAUGAUGGUGAGAUUGUGAAUGUU